UCUGGGGUCCAUCAGAGCACAGCUUGAGCACGGAAUGGCUGAACUGGUUCGAAUCCGUAAGAAAAAGCUCCAGAUACCCAUCUCUAGGCUGAGGAGCAUGCUGAAGCAGCUAGACGAGAAAGAUGUUGAUUUUGAAGAAAUCAAAAAGAACCUGGAAUACACAGCAUCGUUACUAGAGGCAGUGUACCUCGAUGGAACAAGGCAGUGUCUGGAGUCUGAAGAUGACCUCCAGCAACUGCAGUCAGACGGGGUGCCGUCAGAGGUCACUGACUGGCUGGCUUCCACUUUCACCCAGAAGAUCCGCCGUCCUACGCGACGCUCUGAUGAGAAGCCCAAGUUUCGCAGCAUUGUGCAUGCAGUGCAAGCUGGGAUAUUUGUGGAGCGGAUGUUCAAGAGGGCCUACACAGCAGCCAUGCCGGACCAACCUGCAGCGGUCGUAAAUUGCCUCAGGGACGUGGACCGUUGGAGCUUUGAUGUGUUUGCUCUGAACUCAGCCAGCUCUGAUCAUGCACUCCGAACUCUGUUCUUUGAGCUGAUCACCAGAUAUGAGCUCAACAGUCGCUUUAAGAUUCCCAUCUCGUGCCUCACAGAAUUUCUGUCUGCGCUGGAGAAAGGAUACUGCAAAUACAACAACCCCUACCACAACCACGUUCACGCUGCUGAUGUAACUCAGACACUGCACUGUCUGCUGCUGCGCUCCGGACUCGUGCACUGGCUGACAGAGCUCGAGGUGAUGGCAUCCCUGUUUGCUGCAGCCAUCCAUGACUAUGAACACACAGGAACUACCAAUAACUUUCACAUCCACACAAAGUCAGAGUUUGCAUUGAUCUACAAUGACCGGUCUGUACAAGAGAGCCAUCACCUGAGUGCAGCAUUCCGCCUACUGCUGGACGACCAAAUGAACAUCUUUAUUAAUUUGACGCGGGAGGAAUGGAUGGAGCUGCGGUCACUCGUUAUAGAGAUGGUGUUGUCCACGGACAUGUCCUCCCACCUUCUCCAAGUCAAAGCGAUGAAAUCCUGUCUACAACAACAAGAACGGAUUGACAAGCCCAAAGCACUGUCUCUGUUACUGCACACGGCUGACAUAAGUCAUCCAUCCAAGCCUUGGGCGCUGCACUCUCGCUGGACCAAAACCUUGAUGGAGGAGUUUUUCAGACAGGGUGAUAGAGAGGCAGAGCUCGGCCUCCCCUUCUCUCCACUGUGUGAUCGACAAACCACCCUAGUAGCUGAAUCCCAGAUCGGUUUCAUAGACUUCAUUGUGUAUCCUACAUUUUCUCUGCUGACCGAUAUGGCUGAAAAGAUUGUUAUUCCUUUGGUGGAAGAGAACCCAGGUCCACCAGACCCCUGCAACAGACAUAGUAAUCUUUGGAAGGAGAGCUCCAGAGGCCUGCAGUGGAGCCUCGCACACAUCACAGCUGAGCUGGUGAGCUUCCGCUCUACUUGGACACGGCACACUGAGGACAACAAGCUCAAAUGGAAGGAAAGUGGCUCAAAUGGAUUUUCAGACCCCGGCGAGACAAAAGAGCAGCGAUCGAGACAAGAAGUGUUGUCAGAAAAAUCCCUGCAAGACCCCACUACAGAUACAAAAUAGCAGACAGCUGCUCCUUUGUAAUACGUGUUUGCAGAAUAGAAAAAAGUAACACUUUUGUAACAAAACUCAGAUACCUUUUACUUUAAAAACUGAGAGAUCUUACCAAGGUAAGAUGUAGCGUAAUCACAGAAACUUCCUCAUUUUAAAUGUAGCAUACUACAAUAAUUUAAAUACAAAAGUACACAUGCUGGUCAUGUUAUACAGUCUAGUCCAUAUCAUUAAUUUAAUUUGUCAUCUAAACAGCUGUAAGUUACAUUUGAACUUUCAAAGCAUAAAACAAUCAUUUAACCUUAAAAUAAACUUUGUGUCAUAUAUGA